UUAGUCUGAAUAAAAAUGGGUCCAGCGAAUGCGAAAUUGAAUCCAGUUGGUGCUGCUGCAUGCUUUGCCUUUGGACUGUGUAUGGUGAUUUAUGUAUUUGGAUUUCCAGAUUGGUUUCAGAAAGAGCAGAAGAUAAGUUUGAAGGAACUUUUAUCAGUUAGCAUCGCUCUGGUUGAGCGAGGUGGGACUCGGGUACGCGAGAUACGUGAACGUAACACGUUGGCAGAUAGAUCAAAAGGCAAAACGAAGGAGGGCGCAGAUGAAGUUCUCACAGAAGGCGAUAUGGAGUCUCACAGAGCUAUUGUGUAUGGUUUUGCCAAGACUUUUCCUGGACUUCAGGUUAUUUCUGAGGAAUCAGAUAUUAGGCCUGUUAACUUUAAGCUGAUAGAAAAUGUUAAUUCCAAAAAUGAGGAGGUGGACAAAUUAAUUAAGAAUGACAUGUCUGUGCCAUUUCACAGUGUGGCUGUGUGGGUUGACCCUCUAGAUGCUACUCAAGAAUAUAAAGAAAAUUUGCAGAAGUUUGUGACAGUCAUGAUAUGUGUGGCCGUCAAUGGGCAGCCAACAAUUGGAGUCAUCCACAAACCAUUUGAGAAAAAAACAGUAUGGGCUUGGGUUGGUACUGGCCAUUCAUCAAAUCUUAAAAAAGUAGAAAACAACAGGAAAGAGGGUGACCCCCACAACAUCAUCAUAUCGCGAUCCCACACAGGAGAUGUAGCGGAAAGUGUCAGAAGAAGUCUGGGAAACAGCACAAAUGUUAUCUACGCUGGAGGGGCAGGUUAUAAAACACUAGAAGUCAUUGAAGGGAGAGCAGAUGCUUAUGUGCAUACCACAAGAAUAAAGAAAUGGGAUAUUUGUGCUGGGAAUGCUCUUUUAUCUGCAUUUCAUGGAAAAAUGACCACUCUCGAGGGAGCAUUCAUUGACUACUCCUCGCGGAAAGAAGUGAAAAAUAAUGAUGGAUUAUUAGCAACUCUUUUUGAUCAUUACAAAUAUUUAGAACAGCAUAUAGCCAAACCAAUGGAGCACAACAAGGAUAAAAGUUAGUGAAACAAUCAGUAUUAAAAGAUCUCCAGUUUUAGAGUGAUUAGGAAUUGGCCAGUCUUUUUUGUCGAAAAGUGUACAUACUUUAUCAGUCAUGUCCUAGUUGCAUAUGUUUGUUAUCAAUCAUUUGUGUUUUGCUGCAUAAACACAGAAUUAUGUCUUGAGCUGGCCUCAUAAGUGGAUUAAGACUUGUUUCUGUAAGUGUUUGUCACUGCUUUCGGAUUGAUUUAUUAAUUUGAAGUUAUUGAUGGAUUGUAAUUUAAUGCAUACAUUUUGAUGGAGAAAAAUUCAUUCAGGUUUUUAUUUUAAGAAAUGAUUAUGCUGAUGCUGAUAAAUAAAAAAUCUUUUGAAGGAAAACUGAAAUUGGAUAAUUAAAAUGUAGUCACCAAACUUGUAGUUUGUGGGCAAUAAUAACUUUACAUUUAUAUUAAACCAAACAAUAUUUAAGACUAAGCAGAAUGCUGACUGAAGUAAAUUUUGAUAUGAAAUAUAAAAUAAGUUUCAGGUCACAACAAAUCAUGGUCAUUUGGAGUUUUACAUCUUCUGUGACAGUGAGACAGUGUGUUUUGUUGUGUGAUUAUUCAAGGUCUGUAAUAAAUAUUCAUGAGGUCCUCGUUUAUAAACACGAAGGCUUAAUGCAUUAUGCUUCAAUGUUUGUCUCUGCUAAACUGGGUAAAAUGGGGGGGGGGGGAUAGUUAGAAACUGAUAUAAUCAAAUUUUUUUAUCAUCUGAAAGUUUUAGAAAAGACUUCAGAAAUGGUCAAAAUAAUGAUGUGUUAUAAAAGGUAUGGGUAUAUUUUUGUGUUUGUUUCUUCAUUACUUUGUUUUAUCCUGUGUUUAUAAAUUCUUUACAUGUCACAUUUUGUUGUUAAAGUCAGUCAAAGAAAAAUGACCAAGUUAUGUUAAAUACAUGUAUGUUCACAUAUAUGAACAAAUUUAAUCUUUUAUAUAAAUAAGGGCUCCUUUUAAAACAAGGAGAAAUUGAGGUCUACAUUUGCAUAAUGUAAAUAUUUAGUAUUCACUGAUAUGGCUAGAUUUUAUUAUAAUGUAUCAUGAUACACUGAGACGUAUCAUGAUACAUAACGCGAUAUUUUACGUUUCAUAUUUUUAAUGUUAUUUGUUGUCUCUGCUCUUUAAUAAGAAACUCUCUACUGCAAUGUAAUAGGAUAAAAGUUGUAGAUUCUUUCAUUGAUUUCACAUAUAAUUUGAUGUAACUUUUGAUAAGCACUGAACAUCAUAAAACAUAGGUAAAUAAAGGAAAUAGCUUUAAUUUGGUUAAAUUAAAAAAAGGUAUAUGAUUUUUUGUAUAGGAAUACAGUACAAUUUUUGUGUAUUGGGUGUAUUAGUAUAUAGAUACAAACCUAAUUAAUCAUUUUAAAGUCCUUAAUUUGUAUUAACAAUGUAUAUAUCUAACUCUGGGAUUGUACAUAUUAUGGUGUAAUGUGUUUUAAUCAUCUAAGUUUAUGACAAAGUUUGGUGACUAUAAAAAUGUUCUUUGCUCAUAAAUGAAUGUGAGGUUUUCGUUGUCUCAUAUGUUUAAUAUUUCAUGGUAUGUGAGAUAAUUUAUUAUGAGCUAUUUUCUGCAUUAUUCAUACAAUUUUAUGUAUAGUUUUGUGCCAUGGGGUUGUGUGAUGUUUCACUUGCUCCAGUUAAUUGGAGUUCAUAAUGAGAUGCAUUUUGUAUAAAUGUACUCUUCUAUGCAGCUUCUAGCUAGAGGUGCACUAUUAAAAAAAAGUUGCCAUUGCCAAAAAUGUGUGAGUGUGGGGAAGAGAAUGAGAUUUUACGGAAUAUUUAUUAUAGCUUGUAAAGAGUCAUAGUUAACUCCCUUUUCUCCAUGAUUAUUUUCCUUCACAAAUUUCAAUUUUCAGUUGUAUUAAUGUUACAAAAUGCAGGCAUUGUUUUAGUUUACUAAUAAAAUGUUUGUUGACAUGUGCAUUAAUAACAUUGUUUAUUAAAACUUCCUUUUAUUGUUUUUAAAUAAUUUAAAAAUAUAUAUAAUUGCUAACCUGGUAUAUUAUUCCAUAAUAAACAUGUAGUUUUAUUUUCUAAUUUCCUUUGUGUUGGUGACAUUUGAAGUCUUUAAAUUAGCUUGUGGUGAUUUCUUUGAGUUUAUAUACUACUACUUGUAAACACUUUAUUUAUCUACAUUUGUUUUAUUAAUGGUUUUCAUAUUUGUUUUACAUAGGUGCAUGGUGCUAGAUUUGGUUGUUGAACAUACAUGUAAAUUUAUUUCUGAAUAUCUUUUUAUGGACUAAAUAGAUUUUUUUUAUGUAACAGCAUUGCAUAUGUGUUUAUGAUGUGAUAUGUAUAAUCUAUCAAUGCUAGUCAUGUACUAACAUUUGAAUGCAAAUAUUAAUUUUUCAUAUUUUUUCUACUUAAAAUCUGGUAUUUGGAAAUCAACUUUUGUUUAAAUUUUUAACAAAUAAGUAUGCAUUUGUGUGAGUGGAUGAAGUUACACUGUAGGAUUGCAAAUUCAGUUGUUGUUAAAAAAGAUGGCAUACAGAUACAUACAUACUUUAAUACAUUUAUACAUAUAUGGUAACGUUAUGUCUACUGUUAUUGUUGUAUGUAAAUGAAGUAUAUUUAAGCUUUUAAUAAGCAUUUAGACAAUUGAUAGGAUUUCAGAUGUUAACAUUCCAUUUUUAGAGUCAGAGACCAAUAGAGCUUUUGUGUUGCCAUGGUUACUAGAACUUUCUGUGACAUUAUCUCAAAGUACUUCUACUACAGUUUUGGUUCUAUUUCUAUAAGACCUUUAGACUAUACUAAGUCACAUAGGAUGAGUUCACUUUUUAUCAGACACAUACCUUGAUCAGGCAACUUUAAAUUGAAGGGGGGGGGGGCUUGCAAUGGCUAAUUAAUUGCAGGAGUAAACCAUGUAUGUUUUAGAAAAUGCAGGUGCUAGUUAUGCUGUUACAGUGAUGUUUUAAAUUCAAAUAAAUAUUAAGCCUUUUUUAGAAUAGAUUUUAGUACAGAAACAUGCCUGUUUCCUUUAUUCAACUCGUCUGUGUGUUUAAUUUAUGCAGAUAAAUAAAAUACAAAUUCUUUUGUAUAACAAGUAUUUGAUUAAUUAUGACAGCAUUAUAGUUUAUGUGUAAUGUUGAUGCAGUUGUGUUUUAAGAGUUUUGAUAUUCUGGUGGCGAUGUGAAUUUGUUAUACCAUUACUGUCAUUAUAUUCAUAUUAAAAUUACAUGUAUAUUUUGGACAAGUAUUUAUAUUUUGGAGUUUGUAUCCUCACAUUGGUGGUGAACAAAUCUGUGUUUCAUCAAAUGAUUUAUUCUUUGUCAUAUAUGAAUGUUAUAUUGUUUAAGGGAGUCUGAGAAUAAAGCAGGCAAAAUAUUUA